UCAGCUGGUUGCUGGUUUUUUAAUUUUAAUAAUUAUUUUUCUCCAAGAUUUAACUUAAUUAAAUUCAAAGGCUAAUUACAGUGAAAAACCUAAAAAUGACUUCCUUAAAACAAAGGCAAAAAGAUGCCAUCAAACAAAUGUUAAACUUAAAUCAGCCCCUUACAAAACAUGGCUCAACGGAGCCCUCCUGGAAAAUUCUUGUUUACGACAGGAUAGGCCAAGACAUUAUUUCCCCCCUUAUUUCAGUGAAAGAAUUAAGAGAACAAGGAGUAACACUUUUCGUGCAAUUGCAUUCGGAUCGUGACUCGAUACCUGAAGUCCCAGUAGUGUAUUUUUGUGCCCCAACUGAAGAGAAUUUAGGUAGAAUCAAGCAAGACUUCCAAAGGGGGAUUUAUGAUAUUUAUCAUUUGAAUUUUAUUUCUCCCGUGUCUAGACAUAAGUUGGAAGAUUUGGCUUCUGCUGCUAUUGAAGCCAAUUGUGUAGCAAACAUUCACAAAAUUUAUGAUCAAUAUGUUAACUUCAUAUCACUUGAGGAUGAUAUGUUUGUUUUAAGACAUCAAAAUAGUGAUGCACUUUCUUAUUAUUCUAUAAACAAAGGAGAAAUCAAAGAUACAGAUAUGGAGGAUAUAAUGAAUAGUAUAGUGGAUAGUUUGUUUUCAGUAUUCGUGACUUCAGGAACUGUGCCUAUAAUCAGAAGUCCCAAAGGCAACGCAGCCGAAAUGGUAGCCCAAAAACUAGACAAAAAACUAAGAGAAAACCUAUUCGACACGAGAAACAAUUUAUUCUCAGCAGACACCCAAUCCUCAAACUUCAACUUUUAUCGUCCCCUAUUAAUAAUCUUGGACCGUAACGUUGACAUGGCCACCCCAUUACACCACACUUGGACCUACCAGGCUUUAGCCCACGAUUUAUUGGACUUGGCCCUCAACCGAGUAAUCAUUGAAGACACCAAUAUUAAAGCAGGAGCACGGUCCAAGCACAAACCUUGCGAGUUGGACUCGAAAGACAAAUUUUGGUCCAAUCACAAAGGAUCUCCUUUUCCAAAUGUGGCUGAAGCUAUACAAGAGGAAUUGGAGCAGUAUAGGUCAUCUGAAGAGGAAGUUAAAAAAUUAAAAUCUUCAAUGGGGAUUGAUAAUGAAAGUGAAGCAGCUGUUGCAAUGGUUACGGAUAAUACUGCUAAAAUUACUUCAGCUGUACAGUCUUUGCCGCAAUUAUUAGAAAAAAAACGCCUUAUUGAUAUGCAUACUUCAUUAGCAACUGCAAUAUUAAAUAAUAUUAAAUUAAGAAAACUAGACACAUUUUUUGAGUUGGAAGAGAAAAUAAUGAGCAAAACUCAGCAACUAGAAAAGGCCCUUUUGGAUUUAAUUGAAGAUAAACAAGCGGGCAAUUUAGAUGACAAAAUGAGAUUGUUCAUUAUCUAUUACAUUUGCGCACCUCAUUUAACUGAAGCAGAUUUGAAAAAGUUUGAAAAUGCUUUAGUUGAAGCUGGUUGUGAUUUAAGCCCUUUAGCUUAUAUUAAAAGAUGGAAGGGUUUUAUUAAAAUGGCAAGUGGAACUUCCAUAAACCAAUACGAAGGAGCUGGAACUAAAACAGUAAACAUGUUUUCCAAAUUAGUAUCGCAAGGGUCUAAUUUUGUAAUGGAAGGAGUCAAAAAUUUAGUUGUUAAAAGACAUAAUUUGCCAGUUACAAAAAUUGUUGAUCAUUUGAUGGAUUUUAAAAACAGCCAAGAAAUGGACGAGUACCACUAUUUGGAUCCCAAGCAGUUGAAGUUAACAGAAAUUCCAAAAAAUCGGUCACCUUUUCAAGAUGCUAUAGUUUUUAUUGUUGGCGGUGGCAAUUAUAUUGAAUAUCAAAAUUUGGUUGAUUAUGCCAAGGCAAAAACGACUGCAGGAAAUAUCAAGAGGAUUACUUAUGGGGCUUCGACUUUGAAUAAUGCAAAACAGUUUCUGCAUCAACUUUCCCUAUUAGGACAGGAAUUAUAAUUAAAUGCAUUUUUAUUGUUAAGUAUAAAAAAAAAUUUUGGUUUUUUAUUAUGCCUUAGCUGUAAGUGGAUGUUGUUAUUUAAUAUUUUAAUAUAUUAAAGUUUCUCUCUUACAUUUUUUCUCUCUAUUUCUCAAUUUGUAUCUAUUCCUGGCUCUUGAAUUCUUGUUUUUUUGCUUAAGUACUAGCUACCUUAUGAUUUAGUUUUUUGUAAAUUUUAAAAAAUCAUAACUUUUUUUCUAUUAUAGAUAGAAAGCUGCAUUCUUAUUCCAGUAAAGGACUACAAUACCUGAAAAUUUCAACUCAUUUGGACCUAUAGUUCCUGAGAUAAAAUCGUGUUAAGAGAUUUGGGGUGAUUUAUCAAUUUUUCAAUUUUUCUGAGUGCCUUUUUUCAUAGAUUUCGGCUUCAAAUCUGAGAAUAAUUUAGUGUAUGGAGUUUGGGGUAUGUUGAUUGAACAUUAGGAUACAAAAUCUCGAUAAAAAAAAAUUUGAAAUUUCAUCGUUUUAGUAAGAUAAGGUAUUAUGAUUUAUACCUACUUAUGAUUUAGAUUUUGGAAAACUUUGAAAGGUCGUAACUUGUUUUCUAUUAUAGAUAGAAAGCUGAAACUUUCACUGAAUUUUAUCCCAAUUAAGGGACUAUAAUCCUUGAAAAUUUCAGCUCAUUCGCACUUAUAGUUCCUGAGAUAUAAUCGUGUCAAGCAAUUUGGGGUGAUUUAUCAAUUUUUCAAUUUUUCUGAAUGCCUUUUUUCAUAGAUUUCGGCUUCAAAUCUGAGAAUAAUUUAGUGUAUGGAGUUUGGGGUAUGUUGAUUGACCAUUAGGAUACAAAAUCUCAACAAAAAAAAAAUUGAAAUUUCAUCGUUUUAGUAAGAAGGUA